CAUGACUAGACCAUUGUAGACCUCUAGACAAAAAUGUUCAUGUCUGACUUUAGUUCAACAGUCCUGCAAGGAAACACGUGCCUCGGCUACCUUGAUCGUUUGAAAAGGCUUGAUUUGAAGAGUUUUGUCUAACUAAUUUUGAAUGAAACGGUCAGCUUCGUUCAGCCUUGUAUUUUGUAAGUUGUAGGAUCUACACUUGUGAAUUGUGUUAUCCAGAUUCAUAGACAUACCGAUAGUUCUGUUCAUGUUGGAGAGGUUACCAGUUGGCUUUUUACCUAUGCCCGUCAGCGUUUGCUUUCCUAAACCUUCUUGGAGCACACGAUCGAAUAGGUCCUGAAGAUAGCAGCAGUUGAGUAUGGCGUCUCCGGAAGAAGACAUCGAUGCUAAAAUCAACUACAGCCACGCUGAUGAAUACUGGAAGGGUCAACCAGCUACUGUCGAUGGCAUGCUUGGUGGAUUUGGCUCUAUUUCUCGCAAAGACGUGGAGGCAUCCAAGGCCUUGCUGAAGACGUAUUACAAGCCGUCGGGCACUCGUGCUAAUGGCAGAGCGCUAGACUGUGGGGCAGGCAUCGGUCGUGUUAGCAAGCUGCUGUUGAUGCCGCUCUUUGACAAAGUGGACAUGGUCGAGCAGAACGGCGAAUUCCUGGAAAGGUCGUUCACCUACAUGGGUGACAAGGCGGCGAACGUUGGAGAACGAUUCUGCAGUGGCCUACAGGACUUUACACCGGCAGCCGGCCGCUACAAUCUUAUCUGGAUACAGUGGGUGAUCAUCUACUUGACCGACGACGAUUUCGUCAACUUUCUUAAGCGGUGCAAGGCUGGCCUGACAAAAGAUGGGCUGAUCGCCAUCAAAGACAAUGUCACGCGGGGAGAACGAGAUUAUGACGAGCAGGAUAGCAGUUCGACCAGAACAAUGGAUGAGAUGAAGGCGAUCUUUUCAAAAGCUGGCCUAACUCUGAUGACCAAGAAGAAACAAACUGACUUUCCACCGGACCUCCAUCCUGUCAUCAUGUUUGUUCUGCAUUGACUCAGCACCCGUGUCUCGAAGCAUAGCCCCAGAACCGCACUGAUCUCUCUUCUACAUGGUAAGGUGGACAUCAUGUCGCUCAUUGGAUGCAAUCCUGCGAAGUGAUGCUCCGACGGGAACUUUGGCCUGCAGCUUGACCGACAGGCUCUGGAACACCGUGCAGCGUACUGCGCCAGGAAAGAUUGCAGCCUGCGGCCCGUACUUUUAUGGCAGACAUGUGUGCAGUGGCUACUACCACCGGACCUGCUUGCCCAAGUAGUAGCAAGUUUUUCCGGACUUGAUUGGACCUCGCCGCAUGGGUACGCCAGGCUCUCAGUGUUUUCGUCGAAGCGACAGUCAGCUGGCUAUUACAAGUAUGAGGCAUGUAAGACCUGACCGUGCUGUGCCAGAGUCCGUGCCACAGUGGCAGGAGUACAAGCUGCACGCACUCUACUACCACAAGAGAAUCACCACCUCUACCUCUGUCUUGCUUUCUUUAUCAUGGACAUAGCAUACAGCCACUGCUGAAGCUAUUCUGUCUCUCCUAGACUGCCUACAGUCCAUUCUUUGGAAAGUGGCACCCUAGCUUUUUAAUUUACAUCUUAGCAGAUGCAUUAAAGUGGCUGUUCUCGUUACACAUGCCCCAUUGGACGGCCCGUACGAUUCAUUCUUUCAACUUUCGUUUUCACCGAAAUUAGCUGGUUACUGGUGUGCAGUCGGUUCCCCUGUCCUGUUCUUUCUGUUUUUAACGAUAAGAUCAAUUUUUCAAUCACACCAUGUCUCUCCUCGUUUUUGAAAAUCGCGUUCCGAUUUUUUUUGUAUGGUAAAAUUGAUGUGGCCUUGAGUGCGUUCUCAGCAAUGUAGUGGACCAGUUUCCGAUGACCGGGCUGUAGAUCCCUAACCCGCUUAGUUCACAUCUGGAAUUGAAACGUGUUCUACCCUCAGAGGCCUGUCUGCACUUCUAUUUUCCUCCUUUGUGCCGGUCAACACCUUUGUUCAAUGUUCAGGCGUUAGCCGGUUUGAUGCUGUUGCUGUGACAGGCUCUGCGCAUGCUAUACACGGUUUUUUUAAAUUCUUUAUUCUCACGAUGGCACCAUCGCCAAUAAGAGUUUGUUGUUGUUGUUGAAAUUUUAUUUUGUAUCGCAACACCUUUGUUCAAUGUUCA